AUGUCGUCGCCGUCGCCGUCGCCUCCUCGGACACCUCGCACCAAGGCCUGGGAGGAUUCGUGGCUCGCCGCCACCCGUGCGUGUCUCCCACAGCGGCAGUGGUACAGCCCGCCGCAAAAGACGGAGCAGAAGGUGGAUGCUCUGCCAGAGAGCGCAAAACUCUUGAGCCGCAGCGGUACGCCUCCGAGGAGCACGCCGAUCGCAGGGCGGGCGCGCUCUCCUCUGGCGCCGCUCGGGAGCAACGCCCUCGCGGCACGGCCGGCGGCGGCGAAGAAGCCAGCGGCCUUGGCACCCGUGGCGCUGCCCUCGGAGCAGGUGGCGGUGCUGGGAGUGGAGCGGGGAGAGGCGGCCGCGCUGGCGUCGGCGUCGGCCCGGGUCGGUCGGGUCCGCCAGCUCGCCUGCUUCCGCCAUCGCGAGUGCGUCGUCCUCCACGAGCCACGCAGCGACGCCUUCUUUGUCUGGCUCCCCUCCCUCACGCUGCCGUCGGCAGACACCGGCCAGGUGGCUGACGUCUUCUUCUCGCUCACCCGCGGCGGCCUCUCCCAGCACGUCGUCACCGCGUCGCAAGAG